AUGGAACAAGAAAACGCGAUUGUUGAAGCCGUGGCCACUGUGAUUCAAGGCGCCGAGAACAAGAGAGCCCUCUCUACCACUGCGUCUGGUUCUGAGGCCACUACCCCAGAAACUGCCAGCCCGGCCCACAAGAAGCCUAGACAGCAGAGACAACCAAAGACCCCAAGACAACCAAAGACGCCUAGAUACAAGUACAAGAUUAAGGCUAUCGACCCGUCCACCCCAAUGGGUGUGCUUAAGCUUGAGAUUGACGAGAUCUUGGAGGAACGUAAGCUCACCAGAGAGCAGAUCUUCAAUGACAUGAAGAUGAUUUUGAACAUCGAGGGCAAGCGGGAAAUCUACCACCGUCCGGUCCAGAACGUUGAGAUCUUAUCCUUGACCUCUAACGGCGACGGUCUUGGGUUUAUCGUACACCCAGAGAGACCAGAGGACUUCCAGGUCUGCCUCGUGCCAUUUGCCUACCCGGGCGAUAUUGUCGACGUGUACGUGUUCAAGACGCACCCACACCACGUGGAGUCUGAUUUGGUGAAGGUCAUCAAGGCCAACGAUUUGCGCAAGGAUGAACUCGUCAGAUGCCGCUACUUCGGUAAGUGUUCCGGUUGCCAAUACCAAAACUUGGACUACAAUACCCAGUUGCAGUUUAAAAAGUCCACCAUUGUCAAUGCCUACAAAUUUUUUGCGCCAUCUUUGGUUGCCGAGGCGCAAUUGCCUGAGAUUUCGGCCACAGAGCCAUCGCCAUUACAGUAUGGCUACAGAACCAAGUUAACCCCACAUUUCAACUUGCCUAAGAAGGUCCCUGCCGAUUUACCAAAGCCCCCAUUGGGGUUCGGCUCUAAGGGUAGACCUAAGUGGAGAGAAACCGCUGGUGGGGAGAAGUCGGUUGUGGACAUCGAGGAGUGCAUUAUUGGUACCGCCAUCGUUAACAAGGGCAUGUCUAAUGAGAGACGCCGAUACGAUCAGGAGUUCCGCAAGUAUAAAAGAGCGGCCACAAUUUUAUUAAGAGAAAAUUCCACCCUUAUUGAGAGUGAUUCCACUGACCUUAACGAGAAGGUUGGCGACGGUUCCAGAGACGUCGAUGGCGAGGUUUCCAAGAUCAAAGUCGAAUUUGAAAACAAUGAAAAGGCCAUAUUAGUCAAGACGUGUGUCACUGACUCCAAGCAAAUCGUCCAGGAGUAUAUUGGUGGGAACGUUUUUGAGUUCUCUGCCGGUGAAUUCUUCCAGAACAACAAUGCCAUUUUGCCAAUUGUCACCUCCUACGUCAAGCAAAACUUGAAGAUCGACGAUGAGCCAAAGGAAAACUUCUUGGUUGAUGCCUACUGUGGCUCCGGUUUGUUCAGUAUCAGCUGUUCCGAUGGAGUUUCCAAGGUCUUUGGGGUGGAAAUUUCCGCGGACAGUGUUAGAUUCGCCGAAAGAAACGCGGCCAAGAACAACAUCCUCAACGCCAAGUUCAUCCAUGGUAAGGCCGAGAAGAUUUUCGGCGAUCUCAGCGAGUUACCUAAGGAGAGAACCUCGGUCAUUUUGGACCCCCCUAGAAAGGGCUGUGACGACGUUUUCUUGAACCAGUUGGCCGAGUUCAACCCAGCCCGAAUCGUCUACAUCUCCUGUAACGUGCACUCCCAGGCCAGGGACGUCGAGUAUUUCUUGACCAAGACCGAAGCCGGUAAGCUCUACAAGGUGGAAAGCAUAAAGGGUUUCGACUUCUUCCCACAGACCCACCACGUUGAGACCAUUGCCGUUCUCAGUUUGAAAUAA